AUGUCCAAUUUUGAGCCCAAUGCGGUGAUCCGAGGUUUUCAGCUUACUGUGGUAGGAACUGUUCGAGCUCUGCGGAAUCCUGAACUCUUCAAGUAUGAGCAUUUUCGCCAGGCAGCUCUUGCCAUAGCGGUGGGCGUAAUAAUCCAGCUCAUAAUUCAAAUCCCAAUCAUCACAGUCAAAUUCUGCCUCUAUGUCGUAUCAUGGAUUAUCAACUUGGAGCACGUGACAUGGGACAAUGCACUGCUAAACACCUUGGAAUUUAUAUCCAAGUCUGUUCUCCAAGUACCCUUUCUUCUGAUGACUUUGAUGGGCUAUGUGACCCCUACCUUGGAUGAGAUCUUCAUGCAAUCCAUCCAAUGGGUGGAUACGACGUACAUUCAAAAGCACAAAUCGGAAAACCCCGACACACUUCGGGCGAUGUAUUACCCACACCUGAGCAUGUUUCCCACCAAGGGGGGUCACCGUUCUUCGCAGCCAAAAUCGGAGGCUAUCAUGGCUUUCAUGCAUAGGUACACUAAGAAGAUGGGAACGCUCCUCGGUAUCUAUCUUCUGUCCUUGGCGCCUUUUAUCGGUCGAUUUGUCAUACCACUGGCAAGUUACUACACUUUUCGAAAUCAUGUCGGCACAGCGCCUGCUACCGUUAUCUUUGGUGCUGGCCUCUUUCUACCAAAGACAUUGAUCAUCAGAUUUCUUCAUACCUAUUUCGCUUCGAGAAGCUUGAUGCGAGAGCUCCUGGAACCUUACUUUCGCCGAAUCAAAUUUACGCCAGACCAGAAGCGCCGUUGGUUUCGGGACCGCGAAGGCGUUCUUUUUGGCUUUGCGUUUGCAUUUACAAUCGUACUGAAGACCCCAUUCAUUGGCGUUCUUAUGUAUGGCGUAGCAGAGGCAUCUACUGCGUAUCUUGUUACCAAGAUCACGGACCCACCACCGGCGCCUUCGGAAGGUCAUGGGUUCGCCGAGAGCCAGGUGAAGUGGAAAAAUAAGCAUGAUUUCCUGCGCCUAUCUCUCGACAAUCUCGACAAGCUCAACAUAGCGACAGAUGAAAAAGAUGGAACCAUGGACAACACUUCUUCUACGUCGAAAAAAACGUUCUCUUGA